AUGACGGCUCAUGCUGGUGAGGAUUCAGAGCAAGGAGAACAUUCACCCAACGCUGGAUGGGGAGAUGACAUCACAUGGGUGCAAACUUACGAAGAAGGUCUCUUUCAUGCUCGCAAAAGUAACAAACCACUGAUGGUUAUUCACCACCUGGAGGACUGUCAGUACUGUCAAGCACUAAAAAAGGAAUUUGCCAAAAAUGAAGAAAUACAAGAAAUGGCACAAAAUGACUUCAUCAUGCUGAAUCUCAUGCAUGAGACCACGGACAAGAACUUGUCACCUGAUGGGCAGUACGUGCCCAGGAUCAUGUUUGUUGACCCUUCUUUGACUGUCAGGGCUGAUAUAACUGGAAGAUACUCUAACAGACUAUACACAUAUGAACCCCGGGACUUACCCAUGUUGGUAGACAACAUGAAGAAAGCACUAAGACUUAUCCAGUCAGAGUUGUAA